UAAGCUUAGAACCUUUGUCCUAAAACUCUUCUACUUCAACCAUUUCCAUUCUAUAAACUAAGUUCUUCUUUUACUAAACUACUACAACUAAAAAUCUUAACCACCAAACUACUUUCAUUUCAAUCCCUAAUCACUAAAACCUCUAAACUAACUCUUAAACUAUCACCAUCUUCUAAAAAUAGUAUUAGAGCCCAAUUGAUCGUAAGUGAGCAUUAGAGUCUUUAUGGCCACCAUAAAUUCAUCACAAUCUAUCUUUGUGUCACUUCCUAUUUUUGAUGGUGGAGACUAUGAUUUGUGGAAAAUAAAAAUGGAAACACUCUUCAGGUCUCAAAAUCUUUGGGACAUUGUUGAGAAUAGAGUUGAGGAGCCAAAAAAUAUCUCUACUCUAGAAGAAGCACAGCGGAAGGAGUUAGAGGUGAAAAAGCAGAAGGAUGCUAGUGCCCUUUAUUUGAUUCAACAAUCACUGGCUAAUAAAAUUUUUUUCAAGGAUUGUUGGAGCUUCAACAGCAAAUGACGCAUGGGGUAUAUUGCAGAAAAAGUUUCUCGGCGAUUCUAAGAUAGCAUCUGAGAUAGAAAUGAAAGAAGCACCUUAUGGAGCAGCCAUGAAUGGAGACUGGCAAAGCAUGAUUGACUACUAUCAGGAACAUUUCGAAAUAAUCGACUGUCCAGUUACGCCCUCUAAGGAUACUGUACUUCAUCUAGCUGUGUACAGCAAAACAGAGAAACAACUUAAAGUUUUACUUGAAAUCAUGAAGAAAAGAGCAUUUUCUGUAACUGAGGAAGAAUUUCUCAAGACAAAAAACAAAUUUGGAAAUACGGUUCUUCACGAGGCAACCUUCUAUGGGAAUUAUGAAGCUGUAAUAUUCUUGGUAGAACGUUGUCCAGAGCUGCUUUCGGUUCCAAAUGAGUUCGGUGAAACCCCAUUGUUUACAGCUGCUGAAUUUGCUGAGACAGAAAUAGUGGAGUUUUUAAUCACAUCCAAACCAGGACAAUGCGUGGAUGAUGAUGGCCUCCUAUUAACAAUUCACCGCCAGAGAACGGAAGAUAACCUGUCCAUCCUUAGCGCUGCUAUCAUAGGGCAAAAAUUUGAAACAGCUUUACUGUUGCUAGAACUGGAUAAAUCGCUCGCCAGCUUGAAGGACAAAAAUCAAAUAUCUACUCUUCAACUUCUAGCCGAAAUGCCAGCUGCUUUUGAGAGUGAAUUUCCCAUGGGAAUAUUUGAAAGACUCAUCUACUGUUGCCUUCCUGUUAAACGUCACCACGAGGUAAAAUCAAAGGUUAAAAGUUGGUGCCUGGCAAAGAAGAGAGAUCUUGAGAGCGGUCGGGGGAGGAACUCAGGAGAUCUGGGGAGUGUCUCGGAUAGGAAUCAAAGAGGCGGCCUACUCAACUAUUUAAAGAUCCCUAAAGUAUGUUGGCUAAAAGGAAUCUGGGACCAGAAAAGAAAGCAUGUCUUUGCUUUGAGAUUCUCCGAAAGCCUAAUAAAAGAAGAUAAGUCAUUGAAAGGAGUGCAAACGUCUGAAACCCAAAUUCUACCACCACAAACUUCUGUAACGAUGUCGUCAUUGACUACAAAAAAGGAGAUCCCAUUGUUUACUGCAACUAGAAGGGGAAUAGAAAAGAUUGUGCAGCAGAUAAUAAAACUAUAUCCUCAUGCUAUUGACCAGCGUGAUGAAAUGAAUCGGAGCAUUUUGGAUGUGGCCGUCAUGUACCGCCAGAAAAAGAUCUUCGAUUUUGUGAAGCAACAGGAAAUACCGUUUGCUAGACUACGUCGAGUUGUUGAUAAUAGCAACAGCUCAUUGUUGCACCAUGUUGCAGAAGUAAACCAAAACAGUGGAGUAACCAAGCCUGGGCCUGCACUACAACUUCAGGAGGAGUUGCAAUGGUUUGAGCGAGUAAAAGAGGUAAUUCCUGAUCAUUAUGUCCCGCUUCUGAACGACGAUGGAAAAACUGCAAGAGAGUGCUUCGAAAUUUCGCACAAGGAGCAACUGAAAAAGGCACAAAAAUGGAUCAAGGAAACAUCUCAGUCUUGUUCAACUGUAGCUGCACUUGUUGCUACUGUUGUCUUUGCUGCUGCCUAUACUGUGCCCGGAGGUUCCGAUGAAAAUGGCAAGCCCAACUUCAUCAACUCUCCCUAUUUUCUGAUUUUCACUGUCUCCGAUGUUGUCUCCUUAGCAAGCUCUUUGACUUCGCUUGUGGUGUUUCUCUCUUUGUUGACCUCUCCGAUUGAGCUACAAGAUUUCCACAUCUCUCUUCCUCGAAAACUUAUUGUUGGCUUCACCUUCCUCUUCUUUUCUGUGAUAACGACCAUGCUAUCCUUUGGGGCAACAAUUUUGAUACUCAUUCAAUCAGAGAGGAAGUUGACAACAUUACUCCUUUCCAUUGCUUCAUUCCUUCCUGUCUCAGUAUUUGGAAUAAUGCAAUUCCGUCUGUACGUCUCAUUUAUGGGCUCUACAUUAAACAUUCUCAAGAUAACCUGGAAAGCUCAUUCAUCGUCUCUUGUCCCUUGCCUACCAUGGGGAAAAAAGCUCCCUCGAGAAGAUUGACACGGGAUAUUUAACUGGCAUGGAUGUUUUUCCUCCAUGUUCGUUUGAAUCUCUAGCAUUGAUCAUUAUAUAUUGCGUGUAAUAUAUAUAUAGAGCAUGUAUGGUUGUUUAUCCAGUUUCGUGAUAUUUAUGUGGUUUUGCUCCCUCCAAUGAUGGCCUUGAAGCCAGUUUGUAUUAUGUAUAGUGUGUCAUGGGUUGGUAUUGUAGCAAAUUUGUCAACAUUUUUCAACCACCAUCACUUAUGACAAAUACACUAAAAUUAGCUGCAAUAUUUAUU